CACCGGAGUUUCCCAUAGCUGUCGUUGACAAGGGUGACGCGUGAGCUCGGAGGACAUAUUCAAGACGCACAGAAUGACAGGAGGUUACAUCGUCACCGUGGCCUGUAUUCUAGCUGUUGUUACUGCCCAAAGCACAGACCCAUCGGUGUGUCGUAUAAUGGAUAAGUGUGGAGAAUGCCAAGCAGCCGGCCCUCACUGUAAAUGGUGCAGCGACGUGGACUUUAUGAGAACGCGGUGUGACCUAGAGGACAGCCUGGUAGCGGCUGGAUGUCGGACUGUCACAGCUGUUAGGGAGGCCAACUUGCGAAUCACACAGGCUGAACCACUCUCCCCAUCAAGAUUCUUUACACCUCAGAGAGUCACAGCUGAUUUGUUCAAAAAUCAUCCAGUAACUUUCACAGUCAGAGUGAUGAUCCCUGAUAAUUUUCGCAAAAACAGAGUCACACUGCGGACCAAAAACAAACCAUCAAACCUAGCUAUUUCUAUAACGUCACCGUGCCCGGGGUCAAUAGGUUCAGGACCGAGGCUAUCGUGUCCUGUCAGAGGUUCCGGAGACGAGAUGGAGUUCCAGGUACAAUUGACACUGACAGGUUGUGGAGAUGACAGCAACACAAGGAUGCGCCUUAAAGCCUCGGGUAUACGUGGUAAUGUCAGGAUUGAUGUACUGAACCGAUGUACUUGUGCCUGCGAGUUUUACAGUGUCUUCGCCUCGUCGGAACCUGCUGAAUACUGUAGCGACAAUGGAGAGGUUUUGUGUGGAUUGUGCCACUGCUACCCUGGUUAUAACGGUGACCGCUGUCAGUGUCAGAAGAGUCAGUACGAACAGCGGUGCGUGGCUGAGGGGUCGUCAGAUGUUUGUUCAGGACAAGGAGAAUGUGUGUGCGGAUAUUGUCAUUGUAACAAGGUACCAGAGCCAACCCUUGGUGGGGUUGUCCGAUAUUCAGGGCGUUAUUGUGAAUGUGACGACACUGCGUGUCCCGUUACUGAUUUAGGGAUUUGUGGGGGUGUCGAUCACGGUCGGUGCGUGUGCAGCCAGUGUGUGUGUAAAGACGGAUUUACAGGUGCCGCCUGCGAAAUAGCAACAGACAGCGACCCCUGCCUGUCCUCUGAUGGCUCUCUGUGUGCCAAUCACGGAAUGUGUAUUGGUGGACAGUGUGAGUGUGACGGAGUGUGGAUGGGACCAACAUGUGAAGACUGUCCGACAUGUGCCAGUCGCUGCCACAGCCUGAAGAGCUGCGUCCAGUGUACGGCUUUCAGGACUGGCCCCCUUAAUGAGGAGGAAUGUCGUGCACAGUGCACAGCUCUCGGCAUCACCCUGGUGGACAACAUUGACGAAACAAAUGUCGGAAACACUCUGUGUGCUUCCCAAGACGACGACGAUACGAUUAUGAGAUAUGCUUACAUCUACAUCCACGACGGUUCCAUGGUGGUCUUAGUCAACAGAGUAAAGGAGUUACUGGUAUAAAAGCAGAAGACGAACGCACCAGAUUGGCCUACAGGCUUGUGGAUGAAACUAUUGCAGUACAAUAUAUCGACUCUGAAAUGCUUAGAGAAACUGUUAAUAAAGAGCCUUCUUUCUGACCAGCGAAUGUUGACAGUGUAGAAGUGAUAGAAUAAAUGUAUGGUGGUGUAUAUUGUACAAAGUCUUUAAUCUUCAUGUAUUCGUGAGCUAUCGAUGUGAAGUAAGAAAUGGUUUACCACGUGGAGACUAUAACCAAAACGUCAUGUGUAUGUGUAUGGUAAAUUUUAGAGUGUGGGGUGUUCCAUUGGAUACCCAGUCGUCAGUUCUGGGUUUACAAAAAUGUCAAAUCAUCCCACAUUGCAGGUCACGUGCAGGUGUGCUUUAGAUUGUAGAGUGC